ACGGCAAAAAAGCGAAGAAUUUUUUGGAGUACGACAGAGAAUGACUCGAAAGGGUCAUGGAUUGCGCUUGCAUUUAACUGGUCUGAUCGGACGGUUCAAAUUUCCCCAUUCAUCAUCCAACGGUUGACCGCCCUUCUCCCACGCGCUUAAAUAAUACACGAUCGAAACCGAACACGCCUCUCAUCCCUCUCCCACUUUUGGGUCCGGCAGUUGCCAGCUGGGAGCGGGAGCGAGAGCCUCGCCGCCGCCGGGUCGCCGUUAUGAGUUGAAAACCAUUGGCCACCUCCUCCUCUCUUCUUGACGCCUCAGAUCUCAUUACAAUGGUCAGCGCCUCCAGCCUGCUGCUGCUGCCGUCCUCCGUGCGGGACCUCGCCUCCUGCGUCGUCGCCGCCUGCACCACCCCCUCCUCCACCCUCGUCUCCUCCUCCGCCUCCCCCUCCACGCUCUCCGUCACCGUUUUCUACCACGCCACCGCACUCCUGCCCGGCCAGAGCUCCCCCCUGCAUCUGCGGCUCACCUGGACCUGCUCCCCGCUCGGCCCCACGCUCUCCUUCUCCCCCUCCGCCUCCAACUCCGCCGUGGUCCUCCGCAGGCGCAGGGGCACGCGCUCCGUCUCCGUUGAUGGCGCCUACGCCGACGCUGCCUCCGCACAGCUCGUCCUGUUCUGGGACCUCACCGCCGCGCGCUACGAUGUCUCCCCGGAGCCGCACUCUGGCUACUACUUCGUCGCCGUCGCCGGCGCCGACGUCGUGCUGAUGGCCGUGGGCGACCUGGCGGCCGAGUUUGUCGAGGAGAGGUUCGAGGGCCGGAUCCCAAAGGCGGCGGCCUUGACCGUCCCGUUCGCGCGCAGGGAGCGCGUCGUCGCGCCGGACCCGGCGGCAAUGCACACCGCGCGGCGCGUCCGGUUCACCGAGGGCGGUUCGGAUCACGAGGUAAGCGUAGGGUGCUCCGGCGGCGGCGGCGUGGAAGAGGAGGAGCUGUGGGUGAGCGUCGACGGGAAGCGCGCGGUGCAGGCGCGGCGGCCGCGGCUGAACUUCAGGGGGAACCAGACCGUGUUCGUGGACGGCGCGCCGGUGGACGUCAUGUGGGACCUACACGGCUGGUGGUUCCGGGAGCCUCCCUACGGCAGCGCCGUGGUCAUGCUCCGGGCGCGUAGCGCACUGGAGAGCCGGCUGUGGCUGGAGGAGGAGGAGGUCGCCACCGCCGCGCCGGGGUUCUCGCUAGUCCUCCAGGCCUUUAAGUCCCGCGCUGAUGGGCUAUCAUCUGCCCACUGAUCAUGCAUGUACAUAUAUAUAUAGCUACUCCAUUCAAAUACAGUACAAGAUCAUGAACAUAACAGGUGAUAUACAUAAUACUCCCUCCGUUCCUAAAUAUAAGACCUUUUAUAAAUUCUACUACUACAUACGGACCAAAAUGAAUGAACAUAUACUCUAAAAAUAUGUCUAUAUACAUCCGUAUGUAGUCCAUAGUGUAAUCUCUAAAAGGUCUUAUAUUUAGGAACGGAGGGAGUACUACAUUGAUGUGAGUGUGUAGUGUAGGCAAAUUUCAUCUCCCUUAUUAGUUGAUUUUACUCUUCUCCGAAUCAUAUCUUGUGAGAUCCUCCUGUAUUGAAUGAUGAAAUCUUACUUUAGAUCCCUUUGUGUUGAAUGAUGAGAUGGUGUAGAUAUGGCGCAAUAGUUUGUUUCUGCUUGUUGUCACUUACCUUCAUCAGUUCUUAUGUAAAUACAGUACGUACAUCAA